AUGGAGGUGUUCAUCCCGUCCUUCCGAUAUGAGGAGAGCGAGCUGGAGCGGGGAUACACGGUCUUUAAAAUAGAAGUGCUGAUGAAUGGAAGGAAACAUUUUGUGGAGAAGAGGUAUAGUGAAUUCCAUGCACUUCAUAAAAAGCUCAAGAAGUUCAUAAGAACACCAGAGAUCCCUUCAAAGCACGUGAGAAACUGGGUCCCCAAGGUCCUGGAGCAGCGACGACAAGGCUUGGAGUUAUACUUGCAGACAGUCAUUUUAGAAAACGAAGAGCUCCCUAAGAUAUUUCUCGAUUUUCUGAAUGUUCGUCAUGUACCUACCUUGCCAAAAGCAGAAAGCUGUGGCUCUUUUGAUGAAACAGAAUCUGAAGAAUCAAGCAAACUGUCCCACCAGCCUGUGCUGCUGUUCCUAAGGGAUCCAUAUGUCUUGCCUAAAGCCAACGAUGAUUUUCCAAAUGUAGUUAUAGACGGCAUUCUACGUGGAAUAUUUUAUCCUCAUUUACUGCCCAGGUAGAAGUAAUACAAGACAAGAAGCUGAAGCAAGUCUCUGAGUCAUGGUUAAUAGAAUUAACAGGAAUAAAAUUCUGUGAUGUGAAA